CUCACAUGACAAAGGCCCACCUCUUCUCCAAUGGGAAAGUGAAGUGGGUGCCACCCGCCAUCUACAAGAGCUCGUGCAGCAUUGAUGUCACCUACUUCCCCUUCGACCAGCAGAACUGCAAGAUGAAGUUUGGCUCCUGGACAUAUGACAAGGCCAAGAUCGACCUGGAGAACAUGGAGCACCACGUGGACCUCAAGGACUACUGGGAGAGUGGCGAGUGGGCCAUCAUAAACGCCAUUGGCAGGUACAACUCCAAGAAGUACGACUGCUGCACUGAGAUCUACCCAGACAUCACCUUCUACUUCGUCAUCCGCCGCCUCCCGCUCUUCUACACCAUCAACCUCAUCAUCCCCUGCCUGCUCAUCUCCUGCCUCACCGUGCUGGUCUUCUACCUGCCCUCCGACUGUGGUGAGAAGAUCACACUCUGCAUCUCCGUCCUUCUGUCCCUCACCGUCUUCCUGCUGCUCAUCACCGAAAUCAUCCCCUCCACCUCUCUGGUCAUCCCGCUCAUUGGCGAGUAUCUCCUCUUCACCAUGAUCUUUGUCACGCUCUCCAUCAUCAUCACUGUUUUUGUCCUCAAUGUGCACCACCGCUCCCCCAGCACCCACACCAUGCCCCACUGGGUGCGUAGCUUCUUCCUGGGCUUCAUCCCCCGUUGGCUCUUCAUGAAGCGACCCCCUGUGCUGCUCCCUGCUGAGGGGACAACGGGUCAAUAUGACCCUCCGGGGACCAGGCUCAGCACCUCCCGCUGCUGGCUGGAGACCGAUGUGGAUGACAAGUGGGAGGAGGAGGAGGAGGAAGAAGAGGAAGAGGAGGAAGAGGAAGAGGAGGAGAAGACGUAUCCUAGCCGUGUGCCCUCAGGGGGAUCCCAGGGCACCCAGUGCCGCUACAGCUGUGGACGCCAAGCGGGCAAAGCAUCAGGGGGCCCAGCCCCACAGGUGCCCCUCAAGGGGGAGGAGGUGGGCUCUGAUCAAGGGUUGACACUGUCACCCAGCAUCCUGAGGGCCCUGGAGGGUGUGCAGUACAUCGCGGACCACCUGCGAGCAGAGGAUGCUGACUUCUCGGUGAAGGAGGACUGGAAGUACGUGGCCAUGGUGAUAGACCGCAUCUUCCUCUGGAUGUUCAUCAUCGUCUGCUUGCUGGGAACCGUGGGGCUCUUCCUCCCACCCUACCUGGCAGGGAUGAUUUAGGGAUCAGGGGGUAAUGUGGGUACCUCUCACAGCAUCACGACCAUGGAGGUCACUUGGGUGAGACAUGCAGCAGUGUGGGGGGAAGCAAAAGGUGUGCUGGGAGUGCCCUGCUUCCUGCUGUCCUGCUCAUGGUGGUGGCCAUCCUGGCCUCAAGGAAAGCUCAGCACAGCCUCUCCACCAACAAAACGUGGGAUGGAGAGAUCUAGAAGAGGCAUCCACUUCCUUCAGCUGCUGCAGGUUCCAUCUGGAACCCAAGGGACACAUCUGGUUGUGACUCCAAGAGAGGAUAUCACAGCUGCUUCUGGAUGCAUCCUGCCUCAGAACCACAGCCAACACAAUGUGGGGCAGGACACAGUGCUUUGGGGUGUGACAGCAGGAAGGGGCAGAAGUUCCUACUCACACUACGCAGCUCAGGGGCUCUGCUCUUCUCUGCUGUGCAAAGCCCAUCAGCACAAGCAACCCACGUGUAUGCUGGUGGGUUCAUCAGCACAGGGAUCCUGGGCAAAUUGUCCUCUCUAUCCUAUACCUGCAAUAACAAGCAGACCCCCAAUCCCCUUGCUCUGAUGACUACUGCAACCCAGCUUUAAUUUCUAUCUUCCAUGCAUCCUCAAGGACUCGUGCUUGCAAAGAUCUACUCUUAUCUGUGCCCCGAAGCCAGGCUUUCCCUGCGGGGUUUUUCCUCCAGGAGACCAACCCAGGAGCUGGAUGUGACCUGACGGGUUUCAGAAAACACUUUGUGCUAUCAGGAGUGAAAUGGGCUGGAAUAAAUGAUUCCACUGAGAAAAAUGCACAUCCCAAGGGUGUUGCAGCUGCUCAUGCAUUCUCUGCUGUGUGCACACAGGGCUGAGAUAAAGGAUAUGGGAUGUGCAAGGCAGCAAGCUGUAUGUA